CACCUCACCGCAACACCAGGUCGUACGUCGUCGUCCAACACCCGACUGUCGUGAAACCCAAGCUUUGACAACAUUCCCCAACUACCGGAACGUCUGACAUCAUCUUCAUGACCAAAUCUCAGAUCGCCUGGAAGUCAUAUCCACAGGGCUGCGCAUGGGGCACAUUUUCAAAAAGACAGAGGGUGACCUAAGUUUGAUCAGAAGUGGAAAGACGAACAUUGUCCUCAGAAGACAACAUAGACAACUUAUCAGCCUUUCCGCUGCCCGGCGCAUCCCCAAGCACAACAAAACUCUACCACGAUCCACGCCGACGACACUCACCGGCCGUUCAUCGAUACUUCCCACCACCCUCUUUGGUUCAACCUUCCCUCCUACCUUCAAGGUCGCACCGCCAGCAGCAACUGGAAAGAUGACAAUGAGCACCUCUUCCGACCCUUCGGAAGGGAGCAUUCGCCCAGAAUCAACACAACCAUCCCACUGCAGCGACAAUGAAAUCCACUUCGGUCCCUUCAAAGUAACCAACCAAGUCUUUCUCCGGACCCCUCACUCCUUCGCCCUGGUGAACCUCAAACCUCUUCUCCCCGGCCACGUCCUCGUCUGCCCUUUGGUCCCGCACAAGCGAUUAACCGACCUCUCCCCCACCGAAGUCACCGAUUUGUUUUCUACCGUGCAAGUGGUGCAGAGGAUGUUGGGACGGUAUUACUUCCACCCUGGUACCACCACCCACCCAAAACAGAGGGAGAAGGAGGAGAAGGAGGAUGAGGGUGGAGUCCAAGAUAAAGUGAUGCUGGAAACAGGCGGCUCCUUCAACAUCGCCGUACAAGACGGUCCCGAAGCCGGCCAAACCGUAUCCCACGUACACGUGCACGUCAUCCCGCGGAUUCGCAACGUAAGCGCCAAGGACACCGAGACGCCGUCGGAUGCGCUGUAUGAGUGGAUGGCGGAGGAGAAGGGGAAUAUUGGGGGGGCGUUGUGGGAUAGGGAUCAUGGGCACGGUAACGGUAACGGUAACGGUAAUGGUGGUGGGCCUCAUCAUCAUCAUCAUCAUCUUCAGCACAGCAGUACUUUUGGGCAGCAACGAGAGCGUGCUCUUGGAGGGCAACAAUUGAACGGGAGAGGGGGUGAAAUCCAGAGCAAAGAGGUGGAGGCGCUUUUACAGGAGGAGGAGGAGGGAGUGGCGGAACUGCAGGCGAGACCAAAGCCGGGAGGAAGUUUCCCUAGUAUCGAGGAUGCGGCGAGGACGGCGAGGGAGAUGGAGGAGAUGGAGAGAGAGGCCGGAGAGUAUAGAAGGGUAUUGGAGGAGAUGGGAAUAUUGAGUGUAUAGCAGGGGUGUACACAAAAGAAUUGGAGAGGUGUGGUUGAGGGUCGUUGGGUUGGUAGACUAGAUAUGGAACACAGUACCUACCUAUAUAGUUAUUGGAAAUGGAUGUGUUUUCAACUAAAAAAAA